AUGGCCUCUUUCUUUUCUGAUUUUGUUUUUAUGUGGUACCUGGAAGAGCUAAACAAGAAGGAGUUCAUGAAGUUCAAGGAGGUCCUCAGGAAGGAGAUGGCAGAGAGUGGGCUGCAGCACAUUCCCUGGACCGAAGUGAAGAAGGCAUCCCGGGAAGACCUUGCCAACUUACUGGUGAAGCAUUAUGAGAAGAAAGCCUGGGAUGUGACCUUCAGAAUCUUCCAGAAUAUCAACAGGAAGGAUCUCAGCGAGAGGGCAGCAGGAGAGAUGGCUGACAUCAUGGAUGUGAUUCCUCUUCCGCUCACUGACUCAGGACACUCAAAGAUAUAUCAAGCUCAUCUGAAGAAGGUGCUGAGCCAGGAUUGUUCCAGAAAGUUCAACAUCCCGAUUCAGCAUUUCCUGAAGGAGGAAUUCACUCCGGACAAAUGCAGUCGUUUGCAGCAGCUUUUCGUACCAAAGACAACCGAGAAGAAGCCACACACCGUGCUCCUGAAAGGGGUGUCAGGAGUCGGCAAGACAGUGCUGUUGGCCGAGUUAAUGAUGGCCUGGUCAGAAGGCCUGAUGUUUCAGAACGAAUUCUCCUACGUCUUCUACCUGUGCUGUCACGAAAUAAAGCAGUUGAAGACGGCGAGCCUGGCCGACCUGUUGUCCAGAGAGUGGCCCAGACCCUCAGCUCCCAUAGCAGAAAUAGUAUCCCAGCCUGCAAAGCUCUUGUUCAUCAUUGACAGCUUGGAAGGGCUCAAUUGUGAUUUGUCUGAACCGGAAUCGGAGCUGUGUGAUAAUUGGAUGCAGAAGUGUCCCGUGAGUAUACUCCUGAGCAGUCUUCUCAGGAGGAAGUUACUCCCAGAAUCCUCUCUCCUCAUCACAGCUACCCCAGAGGCUUUCGAGAAGUUGGGAGACAGGAUAGAGUACACAGUUAAGAACUUCGUGACAGGGUUCAAUGAGAACAGUAGGAGGUCGUGUUUCCAGAGGGUGUUCCAAGAUGAGGACACAGCCCAAGAAGUCUUUACGUUGGUGAGGGAAAACGAACAGUUGUACAAUAUAUGUCACGUUCCUUCACUCUGCUGGAUGGUGGCUACUUGUCUAAAUGAUGAGGUAAAGAGGGGAGGACACCUGAGCGCCGUCUGCCGGUGUACCACCUCCGUGUUCGCCGCUUACGUUCUCAAUUUGUUCAUUCCCCAAAGUGCUCACUAUCCAAGUAAGAAAAGCCAAGCGCUGUUGCGAGGCCUGUGUUCCGUGGCGGCUGAGGGCAUGUGGACUGACAACUUUGCCUUUAACCAGAAGGAUCUUGAGAAAAACGGGGUCUUCCACUCAGACAUCUCCACACUGCUGAACAUGAAGAUUCUUCUAAAGAGCAGGGACUCCAAGAAUCUCUACACAUUCCUCCACCCAUCCAUCCAGGAGUUCUGUGCCGCCCUGUUUUAUCUGGUGAACAGCCACGUGGACCACCCUAGUAAAGAUGUCCUCUGUGUGGAGACACUCCUGUUUACAUUUCUAAAGAAAGUCAGGGUGCAGUGGAUCUUCUUGGGCUGCUUCAUCUUUGGCCUGCUACACAAAUCAGAACAAGCAAAGCUAGAGGCGUUUUUUGGCUACCAGUUGUCCCAGGAGGUAAAGCAGACGUUGUGUCAGAGCCUGGAAAAGAUAAGUGCCGACGAAGAACUUCGGAAACAAAUCGAUGACAUGAAACUGUUUUACUGUCUAUUUGAGUUGGAGGAUGACGGCUUUGUCACGCAGGUGAUGACCUUCCUGCCGCAGAUCAAGUUUGUGGCUAAGGAGUAUUCUGAUCUGAUCGUGGCCGCCUACUGCUUGAAGAACUGUUCCACACUGCAGAAGUUAUCCAUUUCAACCCAAGACAUCCUGCAGGAAGAAAAGGACCCCAGCUAUCUGAAAAAGCUGCUCCUCUGUUGGCAAGAUUUGUGUUCUGUGCUUGGAAGCAGUCAGCAAAUCCAGGUCCUGCAGGUGAAAGACACUUAUCUCAACGAGUUGGCCUUCUUGGAGUUGCAUAAUCACCUGAGGAAUCCCAGCUGUGCUCCUCGUAAAUUCCUGGUAAAUAACGUGUCCUUCUUGUGCAACAACCAACUGUUCUUUGAGCUGCUGACUCAGAACCACAACCUGCAUCACCUGGACCUCAGCCUCACUUCUCUCUCCCGAAGCGAUGUCAAACUGUUGUGUGAAGUUCUGAACCAGAAAGGGUGUCACAUAGAAGAGCUCCUGUAA